AUGUCUCAUAAAAAACAAACGUACGCCUAUGGAAAUUGUCAGUUGCCGGCUACCAAAAGAUUGUGGACUGAACUGACAGAAGCCCUCAAUGGAAUGGGAGGUGUUCAUAAGACACAGAAAGAUUGGUUAGAGGGUAUUGUUAUUGUCCCAGGGACUCCACAGCCCAUUGUUGAUGUUCCGGAUCCUUAUGUUAAACAAAAAAUAGUCAUGGUUUUGGAUGAUACUCAACUGCCAAAGCCCAAGCAGACGUUGAUUUUAGACGCAGUAACAGUUGAUAUACAUUCAGACACUGAAGAAGAGCCCCCGAAGGAAGCGGCUAUGGUGGACGCGUUGACACCGACGGCGGGUCACGAUGGGGCGACUGUCGUUACUUUAAUGGCGACGGACGCGUCAUCAAUACCGACAGCAUCUCGCGUUGGUCAAAUAGCGGUAGACGCGUUGAUGAUGCCAGCGGCAAAUAGGGAUCUAGCGACGAUCAGUUGCAGUCGUGAACACAUCGUGGCCUCAACUCCUGAACAGAGACUGGAGGACGGCGUGGUUCGCAACACUCCGCGCCUCGAGGGCCGCAACGCGCGUCGAGCAACGCCCCGUACGCUCGUGCCGCCAGCCGAUUCAGCCACCCCGCAAGAAGAUGCCAAGAUAGCGGCUUUAAGGAGGAGGCCCAAGCGCAGAUGGCGCUCGCCAAUGCGCAGACAGAGGCCGCUCGGUAUCUUUGUUCGCUACCAUGUUCGUCGAAGCGAUCAAUAA